AUAAAGGCUUUAAUUCCCUCCCUCUGCGCGCUGUCCCGCUCCGCCGCUGCGAGCCCUCAGUGCUGGACUAUGUUGUAUAGAUGGGCUAGAUGCCACACGUCUUUAGUUUACAGGUUGUAACGGCUGCAAGUUUGAUUUCACAUUUUUUACGCCGUGUUUCUUCUUCUUUUUCUUCUCCCUUUCUUCUUCUUCUUCUCAUCUGCUUGGAUACUGCUGACUUAGGCAUUGGAUAUGUGCACACAGGAUGAUGACAACCCCUUUCCUCCCCGUAGAAGUAAAAUAAAAUAGGCUUUCGCACACACUGGAUUUACUCUUGUCGUUCCAUAUGAAGAAGCCAAAAAUUUGGAUACUGGUCUGUGUCCAUUUACUGCUGUUCAUCACGUUUGGGGUACAUUCAAGUAAAUUUGACGUCAACCCAGUUACAGAUGACAUCUCUAGACUUUCUAUUCUGAGACAAAAUAUUCCUAAAGAUUACAAAAUUCCUGUACACUACAUUCCAAAAGAAGAGGGAGGGAUGUGUUGGGUAAAAUUAAACGUCUUCUACUUGGAGGAGAGUUUGAAAGAUUUAGCACAUAAGUUUGGAAAUAUUUCAUCCAACAGAAAAGAUAUUAGCAUAUUCAACCAAAUGCUCGAAGAACUGCGGCUCAACAUGGGGUCUGUGGAGCCGAUCAUGUAUGACUUUGAGUGCCACUACAGGAAUGACAGGUGGCAGACAGCGCGGUACUUUGACUUUGUCAAAGACUUCCUUAUAGCUGCACAGAAUAAAGAAGAUUCAGAUGACUGUGAUCCUCCUCCCUGUCCUACAACACCACACACAGUAACAACAAAAGAAUAUUUAACAGAUUCGCCACUGUCCAGCAGUAAAGGCCCAGAGUGUGCAGGCUGCACUACACGUUCUGAAACGAGCGCCCUGACUGAAAUGGUGGAGCGAAGCCUUCUCUCUUUACUUUUCAUUCCACUCCUAGCUCUCGUAUUCCUGCUCGUGUGGAAGGUCCGAUCACGGAGGAAUGAAGAGGAUCUUCAGCAGAAUCCUGGUGAAGGUGGAUGCUUCACAGGAACAGAAGCGACUGCAGCUCCACUAGAUGCUGAAAUAUCAGAAAAAAACAUGUUGAACGUCAUUGAAAUAGUGUAACACUUCUACCCUUCCAUGUUCUUCGGCCUAAUUGGGUUCUUCUAUUUCCUCCUGCUGGUCUCCAAAGGUGAUGAAAAACAAACAUGAAACCGAAAGGUAAAAGGCGCUUGUUGACUGCUCGUGUGAUUAACGAGAGGGCAGAUUCACAAUUGCCACGACCGAGAUUCUUCCCGAUAAACCACUCCUGCCACAGUAUGGAUGAGCUUGUGUUACUGCGUAGACCCCAUGCUUUUGAAAAAGACAGUGAGAUUUUAGCAGAGAUAAACCGCCCUUACCACACCCCUUCAGGAUUCUCUGGCGCCUGCUAAUCGUCCAUCAACACCUGCUGCACUUUGAACUCUUGGAGUAAAACAUCCCCUUUCGCAAGUUGCUACAGUCCGCCUGUGUUUUUGGGCCCACCAGUUCAACAUCAGACAGCAAUGCAGCUGUGACUGACACUAGUUAUCUCUUGUAUGAACUGAGGCACAAAUUUCUACCUCUGGUGACCCUCAUGUUAACCACAUCUUCAACAGUUUCCUUGUAGUCCAGAAAGAAUUUAAUGUUAAGCAUUGUAGUUCCAAGGUGUAGUCCCAUUGUUUGGUUAAGGCAUGAACCCAUGCACCUCUACUAAAGGGUCACUUUUAAAGAACAAUCUAUAUUGUAACACAUUGUAAUCCUAACAAACACAGAACAGGUUACAUAUCCUCAUAUGUUGUUGUUGCUGUUCUUGUUGUUGUUGUCAGUAUAUAUGACUCGGGUGAUAUAGGUUGUAAGAAUGGAUUACAUGGAGAGCAAAACACAUAUAUACAAAAUAUGCUGCUUACUUUUAGACCAUUAAAACCUGCAAUGACAUUCUGCUAACAAGUAUCAGGGAUGACUUCUGUGGAUCCAGGAUUUUUUUUAAACAAGGUGAAUUCAAAAAGUUGUUUGACGCAUGUAAGACAAUAAUGGGCCUCCCAUAGUAAAUGUUAGCUCUACAAUGCCUUUAUUAUUAAUUUUUUUUUUUUUACUCAUGUCACCUUUUACGCUCGCAAAGCAAAAACUGUUACGGGGGAGAUUUUUGACGUCCAUUCCUCUAUAAAAGGAAAAGAAGCUACAUUUCUAACACGUUUGUAAAAAGAGAACGAAUUAAUAAGAUUGAAUAUACAAAUGCUAUAUAAUAUAACAUUUUAAAUAAAGCUAUCAAUUAAGAUUGAAUAUACAAAUGCUAUAUAUAAUAUAACAUUUUUAAUCAAGUUAUCAAUUCUUUACUGUUCACUCAAUGACCAAAUAUAUUUAUAGUACUGACUUUGCCUUUGGUAUCAGUGUUGUGCUUGUAUAAUAAAAAAAAAAAACAAUCUGGCAAAGUUAGUUAGUGCAUUAAUCAAGAUUCAAAUGCUAAUGAAAUGCUUAAGAGUGAUACCACUGUUUAUGAAAUUUACAGACAUGCACCUUAGUUAUUCUCACAAUCCUCAAAGCUCGCCACAUAGGAAUGCCAUGCAGACCUAAAUAUCAAUUUUGCCUUAAAGUUGCACCAUAAUACACUGUCAAAGGAAAAGUCAUCUCCUUCACAUACUGAACUGUCGCACAAUGGUAGAACUGUCAAGAAGUCCUUUUUUUUUUUUAAUAGAAGCGUGGUGAGUUUUAGAGUUAUUUCUCUCCGGUGGCAAAGAUCCAUGUAAAGGGAAAUCUUUUCCUGUUAGUCAAAUCCAAACAGUUUGUGUGAGAUUGUUCAAUCCACAUGUAUGUAGCUAUAGCAUUUGCAGAAGUCCUGAGCCCCUUCCCACCCCCACCUGCCUCCUUUCUUUUAUGCACUCUCAGAUCUGAUAAAAUAGGAGCUGGAGGGGCUCCGUGUCUCAGAGAUAACAGAUCAUAUCACAGCUGUCAGGAGAAAGGCAACGGGUUUAAAAUAUUUAAACAAGUUGACUCCCACAAAGCUUUGCCUAACGCAAAGUAAAGUAGGUUUUUGAUGGAUACUAGGUAUUGAAAUGACGUAGAUUAUUGAUGACAAUCAGAAACGAGGUAGGAGUGUGAACAGGGCACCUUGGCUGUGGUCUUUCCUAUCAGGCCGCCCUUCUGCGAAUAGCUGACAAUGACAGUGUGGCAGGACACAAACAUCUGUUUCUAUAUCUGUUUCGAGUAUUUCUAUCAUGUUUGUGGUCUUACAUUGUACCAUGUCCAUUCUUGGUUUUGUGCCUUGUUUAAUUUGUGUGAUUGACUAUGUGUGUAAAUGUCAAAAACCUGUAUAUGUUUCUGUGUGGUAAUAGAAAGCAGAAAGAUAAGUACAGUGCAGAUUAGAAUACAUAACCCAACACAUAUGAUCCCCAAUAUCUCUCUCUUUUCUUCUUUUUUGAAAUGAACUCAUGACAGUUUAGAUGGCUUGACCUUUGCCCAGUUGAUUCGGAAAUCAGUGCUUCAGUAUGUAAAAACUCUUAUCGGCAGAAAAGCCCGCAGUGGCUGUGACAUUUCUGUCCAUUCAUUACAUUUUAGCCUUUGUAACCUUUAGGAAACAGUUCAACUGGUAACUAUGCUUGUUUCAUGUGUAUUUGGGACUAUAUGCUGAGAAUUUUCUUAUAGGAGGAGUAUAUUGUGCAAAAUAUGUGUUUGAAAAAAAGGUAUGCCACAUUGGUGUUCAUAUAGUUCAGACCUUUCAGCAUCAAUAGGUGUAAUUCUUUGGUGUGGUACAGUAUUGUUUAUGUUUAACUGCAAGAUAAUUUUAUUUAUUCAAAAAUGCAUUUUUGAACAAUACUUUAUUAACAACAUAUAUAAUAUGUGCCAUAUUCUCUAUGGCAGUUUAGAACUAAUUCUGUUAUAAAAAAAAAAUACCACAUGGGUGUUUAUAUAAUCCACAUCAACAGUACUUUUUUACUUUUACCAGGAAUAUCUGAAAUUAGUGGUGUGGGGAAAGUAAGUACUGUUAUUUAAGAGUGUUCAGCCAAUUGUUUUCAUUCAAAAAAUGCAUUUUUGAACAAUAUUGGAGCAUAUUAUCUAUGGCAGUCUAGACCUGAGACUCGUACUUUAAUCUUCUUUAGGUUUCUCUCCUCAGCAUGAAGACUAUUACCUGCAGUCCCCAGUAUUCUGACAGAAACACAGGCUAUUCUAGCCACAACCAAACUAACAAACAAGGUAUACUCUGUCAAAAGUCGCUUUUUAUACAUAGUCUAUGAAUAUCAUGAGCUGCAACAGGUCUAAGCUGUGAACAUAAAAUAAAUAACAUGGUCUCCCAUUUUCCUGUCUAUGCGAGAGCUACAAAGUCUGUAUGUCUAAUACAUGGAAGCCAGAAACCAAGCAAUUUCAUUUAUUAAUCGAGAGAAUGACUGCCCUUAAAUACUGUUCCUAUGUGGUUUUUUUGUGUGGUUUGAGAGUGAACAAAGAGUGCAUCCUGAACAGUGCUUUCGGGCUAAAGGGAUCCAAUCCAUCUCACUCACUUCAGUGGGUGAUUCAAAUGGCUCUAGGCAGGAAAUAAGACUGGGUGCCAAAAAGCAAAUAUAAUUAUUGCCCGGUUGGUAUUCUGGGUAAAAACUCUACUGUUUUCUGUAUUUUUGUAUAAAUGUAAAGAAACAUAUAUGAGAUAUGAAUAAAGUACACAUAUUCAUUCAA